AUUUUUUCUUCAUCCAUCUCCCCUUUCUCUCUGUAGCCUAUUAACCAAUCAAAAUGAGUGACGUGGGGGUCACAAAGCCCGCCCAGGACCAGUCCUCAGGGAGUGGGCACACAGUGACCAUGUCACGCCACGCAUAUAUCACAGACCCCAUCGCCUCCAAGCGCAUCUGUUUCUACAAGAGUGGUGACCUUCAGUUCAGUGGCCUGCGCAUGGUCAUCAACAACCGCACCUUCAAGACCUUCGAUGCCCUCCUAGACAGCCUCUCCAAGAAGGUCCCGCUGCCAUUCGGAGUAAGGAACAUCACCACCCCCCGAGGGGUCCAUGCAGUGCACACACUAGAUGAACUGGAGGAUGGGAAGGCCUACAUCUGCUCUGACCAGCGGAAGGUCAAACCCAUCAACAUGGCAGUAGCCAAUAAGAAGCUGCCACCCUGGUACAAUACCCGCCCCAUGAGCGGCAGGCGUCGGGCCUUGCAGCUGGCCAAACAGAACCCUGGCAGGCCCAUGCGCAUAAAUACCCCUGUCAUUGUACGCACACCUAAGAGGUUGAUGGUAUUCCAGAAUGGGGACCCCAGUGUCAAACAUAAUCUGAUGCUACAGAAGAGAACCACUCCCACAUUUGAGGCUCUGCUGGAUUACUUGUCCGAGUUGAUGCACUUUCCUGUGAUAAAACUACACACACCAGAUGGAAGAAGGGUGGAUGGGCUCCCAGCUCUGAUUAUAUGCUCUGGGAUUGUAGUAGCUGCUGGUCGGGAGGCCUUUAAAUCUGGAAACUACAAGACACAAAAAUCUUCUGCUUCAACAUGGCUGCCUGCUAGACGAAUGGCAUCUAAAAGACUAAAGCAACCAGCAUCCCGAAACAUUCUUGCCUCCCAAAAAAUACCCAUCCACCGUUCUACACUCUCUCCUUUGAUCCACUCCAAAGGGAAAAAGAAACCUAUAUCUAGCGGCAAAUCAAAACUUUUCUCCCCAUCGUCAGAGAGAUACUUUGUGAAUCAGAUAAACCACUGCAUUGCAGAAAGUGAGUGUGACCUCCCCAGUAACAAUGCAGAAUCUGUAGAACUGGAGGCUGGCCAUUUUCUGGAGUCAGUGGCUGAAACAGACGGCGACUCCUACCAUGGAGAUAGGGGUGAAGGGGCAGACAACUGCAUGCCAGGUGACGAUGACAUUGAGAAGUCCUUUCGGGUGAACCAGGAUGGCAGCAUGACAGUGGAGAUGAAGGUGCGACUAACCAUCAGGGAGGAAGAAACCAUCCACUGGACCACCACCCUGAGCAGAUCCAGUGUAGCAAACCAGCUCUGUGCGGCUGAGUCUGAGCUGGAGAACAGUUCUCCUGAGUCAAACAUCCUACUACCAACACAACCCAACACCAUGGGCACCAUCAAUGGGUACAAUGUUAAAAAGGAUGAUAAUGAUGAUAAGGAUGAUAUGUCUCCAGAGACCAGCAGACUUACCAGUGUGGAAGUAGACAAUGAGGGUGAUGCUAAAACACAUGUGAGUGUGGUCUCUCCCAGGAGGGCUCCUACCCCAGGACCCAGGAGAUACAGACAGAAGCAGGCCUCAGUGGAGAGCAUCAAAACAAUGUUGGGAGAUGAGAUUCAGGAGAACAUGGUAGGUUCUAACUCCUACAGAGAGACAACUGAGAACGGAGAGGUAAAGGAGGAAUACUGCACGGUCAGACAGUGCAGCAGCAAGCCAGUUCCUAAACCAAGGGGAGUUGGCUCUGUGGAUAUCAACAAUUACAAUAAGACUCAAUCCACUUUUAAAUCAGGCAUGGCUGAGAUCUUGCAGAUCCAAAAUGGCGGGGAGGAAGCCAUAGAAAGUGUAAUGCACAUAUACGAGCAGCAGACCUGUCAGGACAAUUUCCUGGCUAACAGCCAGUACAAUGUCCAGGGUGUGUCCAUAUAUGGGAUGAUGUACGGAAGAACAGCCACCUCUGACACAGCCCACUUGUCCUCCAGUAAUGACUUGGAGCUGGAACUGGGUAGACCCUCUACAGCCUCAAAGUCAAUCAGCGUGUGGAGGGCUGACCAGUCUCUUUCAUCUGAGUUCACCAUCCCCAAGUUUAAGGCUGGAGGAUCUCUCCUACGCAACAGGGUACUAAAUGUCCAUAAAACCUCUCUCUCCAUGCCCACCAAAGAUAAUGACACCCCAGAGUGGGUCUCUGAAGCAAGCAAAGAAAACUCCACCACUGGUGUAAAGAAAGUCAAGAAAAUGUUCUCAAAGCCCAAAGUGAAAAAUAACCAGUUUCGUAAGGUUACAACACCAGACAAAAGACGUAAAGAGGGUAAUGCAAAUGCUCCUGAAAACAAUAAAAGAGUGAAAACUGGGGGAUUUAGCAGCAAUGUAUCCAUAAGGAAAAUGUAUGGACCAAAACCUGCCAGAAGUCUCAUCAAAAACAAAAAGAAACUAAAAGGAAAGGAAAUCAAUUUAAAUAUUGAAAACCCAAAGGAAUCGGCAGUGAAAGAACUAAAUGUUACUGAAAAUAUAAACAAAACUUCAGUUUCAGUAAAGAAGAACGUAUUGCAUGUUUCAUUUCCUACGGAGACCCAGGUGGAGGGAACACUAAAAAGGCAGAGGUCUAUGCACGAGGAGAGAAGGAUUGAUAAAGAGAGUCAUGAUCUGAGCUCUUCUAAUAUCAAUGAAUAUGUUGAGAAUUGGUUAGAGAAAGCCCUCCCAACUGUGUACCCAGACCCAGUGGAGGAAACUCAAAAUGUGGAGACACCAACAAUGUCUCCGGUAGAGACUGAGGGAGACAUUGUUCCAGAUGUAUCAGCAUUCAAUUGUGAAAUGGAUACAGAAGAAGAUGAGCCUUCUUUGUUUAAGGAAAAAACACAAAUACCAAGUAGUCCAUCUUUGGAAAUGACUGCAUUUCCAAAUAGAACAUUUGAAAAUAUAGCAACACAGACCUACCUGGCAUUGGACAACACAACAUUACCAUGUCCUUCUGACCAAUCAUUGCAAAAGACUCCAUUACACAGUGAUACUACACAGGAAAGGUUGCACAUUAAUCCCUCAGUGGAAAAGAGACCUUUCUCCAACGGUCUCUCUGUCUCUCCUACUGCAAUAAUCUCAGUAGAAAAGCCAUCACCAUCUGACAGUCAUUCAUUGGAAGAAACAUCAAUGCCUAAAAAUAUCUCAGAAGAGAAGCCACCAAUCACAAAUGGUCUGUCAUUGGAAAAUAAAUCAGUACCAAAUAGAUCCUCAAUAGAGAAGAACCCAAUCUCAAACAGUCUCUCGCCUGAGAAGACACAACUGCCUGCUAAAACGCAGAUGGAGAAGACACCAUUAUCCAACAAAGACUUAGAUGUGUCUUCCAUAGCUAGCAGUCCUUCAUAUUUCAUGUGUUCAUCACCUAGUAGUCUAGGUGAUGAAGAACAACCCUUAUCAAGCAGUCCUUCAUCAGAUAAGGCUCCAUCACCUACUGGCCAUGUAUUUGAAAAGACAACAUUGUUCAACCACUCCACUCUGAAAGAACCACCAUCACCUAAACUCUUAACAAAAAAGACAAGAUUGGUCAGUAAUCUCACCCUGGAAAAGCAACUAACACUUAGAAAAGCUUUAGCUGAGAAGUCUUUAAUAUCCAGUGAUCCUACUGUGGAAAAGGUGUUGAUGGAUAAGGCACCAAUCUCCAAUGGUCUCUCAUCUGAGAAGACAUCACUGCCUGCUAAAGCCCGGAUAUCCAACAUUGUGUUAGAUGAGGCUCCAUUAGCUAGUAGUCCCUCAUGUUUCAUGUCGACAUCACCUACUAGUCUCACAUCAGAUGAAAGACCCAUAUCACCCACUCGCCAUGUUUUGGAAAAAACAACAUUGUUUAACCACUCCACUCUGAAAGGACCAUCAACACCUAAACUCCCAAUGAAGAAGACACGAUUGAUCAGUAAUCUCUCCCUAGAAAAGCAGCUAUCACUCAAAAGAGCGUCAGUGGAGAAGUCUUCAAUACCCAUUAAUACUACUUUGGAGAAGGCCCAUCUAUCAAAUCCUGUUCAAAUCACAGUAAAAAAAACACAACUACCUAACAGUCACUCAUUGGAAGAGACAUCACUACCAAAUAAGUCCUUACCCAGUGAUUCCACUUCGGAAAAUACCCAAUUAUCUAGCAGUCCUCGACAAGGAAGGACACCACUACCAAGACAUUUCUCUUUGAAAACACCAUUACACAACGUCUCACCUGAAAUUGCAACAUUACCCACAACUCUUGUGAUGAGAAAUGCUCCCAGUAAUCUCUCUUCAGAAAAGUUACCAGUACCUAGUAAUCGCACAUUGAAAAAUAGACUGUCAUCGUAUUCUCAGUCAUUGGAAAUAGUGUCACCACCUAUGAGUCUCAAGGUUAAAAAGAAGCCAGUAUCUAGAAAUCAAUCCCUGGAAAGCAAACCAUCACCAGUAAGUCCCACUUUGAAAAAUACACCUUUACCAAGAAAAAGCCACAAAACACCAUUAUUGCCCAAAUCAACGCCAGUACACCUCAAUUCCUCUAUGAAGAAGAAGCCAAUACCUCCCAGUCCCGCUUUAGUGAAUCACGAAGAGAUGAACAGGGAUGAUAAGCUGAGCAAUUCAAAUCGGGGAGACAGUACCAAAGUAAUAGCAGAGGAGCCCCUAACAAAAACACAGAUACCGUCACACACAGACAAACUUCCUCCCCAGCCAGAUAUGAAACUUGUGCUAGAGAAGCUCUGUUUCUCAAUUCAGUCAAUUAGACAAAUCACACACAACAAUCGUCCAUCUUGUCUUGAAAAGUCAAACAGCUUGCCUGAUUUCUCCUUCCAUGUGGCCUCUACAUUUGGGUCAUCUACUAAAGCUCUCCUUUCUUUCUUAUCUGUUAUUACUUUAAAGGAAAGCUUCACUAACUGGAACAUACCUGAACUGAAUGCAAACAGUGUAAGCUGUGCUGAGGCUUUGAAAAUGAUGGAGUCUCUGAGAGAAAUUGCCAACAUAGAGGGUGCAGAGGAGUUGAAAGGUAGUCUGUCAGAAUUGCAAAAGUCAACUUCCACACAACUGCUUCAAAGUUGGAAGGAUUUCCAGGAACUCAACAGCAAAGUCAGAAGUCGCAGCUCAACACCGAACAGUUCAGAGCACAAUGUCUUGUUUGAGACAUGCCCAGAGAAGGACUUCAUCAUUGAAGAAAAGGCAUUGGAUAUCGAUGAGCUAAUACAUGAGCUUGACUUGCCUGAAAAGCUGAAGGAAGCAUUGGCAGCCCUUCCAACCGGGGUGAGCGAAAGCAUGGAGGGGGAUGAAAUAGAAAUGUCAUUCCCAGAGGAAAGGGUGAAUGCCAAAUCAACUGCAGUCCCUAAGAAAGAGCCUUCAAAUGAUAAUGUGCUUAAUAUUGAUGCUAAUGUUGAUGUUAAAUCCAUCGUUAAAAGAUUUAUAAAUAUUUACUAUCCCAAAGAGGUGACUGAAAACAAGAUGUCACCAAUCACAGAGAGCCAAAGCAGUAGGCAAGAGCAGCCCUUCUCCUCAGAAGAACAAAACUUUAAAGAGGAUUUUACUUGCCAUAGAAGCAGACAGGCAGCGAAUAAGGAAGGUUCUGAACUUGAGCAGGACAACUGGGAAGAAGAGGCUAAAUGUAGCGACAAACAGAUUGACCAUGAUGAAGAACAGAUAUACUCAGACAUAGAGCAGGCUUACAGUUUAGCAUUGCAUGAUGGCUAUUUGGAACUGCAAGCGUGUCCCUUGGAGACCAAAGUGAAUGAUGGGGACAUACAGUCAAGCUAUGUGGAGGAGGAGGAAAGCUUGGAGGAAGAGCAGGAAUACUAUAUUGAGAAUGCACUUGUGGAGCAGGAGAACAAAUGUAUGGAGCUGCAGCUUAGCAAUGAGGACGGAGAGUCCACUGCUGAACAAACCCAGGCUAGCUCAAACCAACAUGAGGAGUCAGAGGUUACACUUGUUGAGUUGAAGGUUAGCAGGGAACAGGAGGAAAGCUUGGAGGGAGGGCAGGAAUACUACAUUGAGAACCCACAUGUGAAGCAGGAGAUCAAAUGCAUGGAGCUGCAGGUUAGCUGUAAGGAAAGCUUAGAAAAAGACCAAGCUAGCUCGGAGGAAGAACAGGAAUGUCAUGUUGAGGACCAACUAAGCUAUGUGGUAUCAGAAAAUAGAUGUAUGGAGGAUAAAUGCUUGGAGGAAGAGCAGCAAUCUCACAUAGAGGAUCAGCCAAGCUAUGUGGGGCUGCAGGUUAGCUAUGAGGAAAGAGUAUCCACCCUCAAGGAGCAGGCUACCUCAGAGGAAGAAUAUGAGUGUCACAUAGAGGAUCAGCCAAACCAUGAGGAGCCAGAGGUCAAAUGCUUGGCGCUGCAGGAUAGCAGUGAGGACGGAAAGUCGACCCCUGAAGAAGACCAGGCUAUCUCAGAUGAAGAGCUGGAACAUCAUGUUGAGAACCAACCAAACCAUGAAGACCCUGAGAUUAAACGUAUGGAUGCAAAGGUUAGCAGUGAGGAAAGCAUGUCUAAUCUUGAAGAACAGCAGGCUAGCUCAGAGGAAGAGCUGGAAUGUCACAUUGAGAACCAGCCAAGUCAUGAAGAGAAGGGGGUUAAAUGUAUGAAGAUGCAGGUUAGUAGAGAAGAAAUAGAGUUUACCCCUGAAGAAGACAAGGCUAGCUUAGGGGAGGAAGAGGAAAGCCAUGAAGAUGACUUGAGCUAUGCAAAUGCACACAUUAACGGGCAGGAUGAGCAGACUCACUUAUGGGUGGAGCAGACUACUCAAAAAGAAACAGAGUAUACUGUCAGAGAAACACUGCCUAGCUUGUUCAAACAGCAUUCUAUUGCUGACAGGAUGGAUAAGGAUAGUGGGAAGAAUGGUGCACAGCAUGUUAGCUUCGAACAACAAACUGAUACAGCAGAAGAAGCAAACUUUGAGGAUAAUCAGUGUAGCUCAGAGGAGAAGCGAGUAAGCUAUGAAGAGAAGCUGUCUGGCUCUGAUGUAGAACAUGUUAGUGUAGAGGAUGAGCCAUACCCAGAGGAGGAGUAUCAGGAAACCUUAGAGGAAGAGCCUUCUGAGGAGGAUAAACAUUAUGAAAAGACUGAAGCAAAAACAACCAACUGUUUUGAGGAACCAUUACCAUCUGUAGCAGAGCGAGUAAAAAUACUGGAUAAGAAGAUUGCUGAUGUAGAGCAAAGGAAAAUCAUUACUAUAGCAACAACUGGCAACAAACCGUUUGGCCAAAUUGAGGUUUCUGCUGUCUCAGGCGGUGAUGAUGUCAAAGAGCAAGACAAAGCUCAUGUGCACACUUUUAAAAGGACAACGUGGCCUAUAAAUACGUCAGAGACUGUAGUCAUGUGCCCCCCAGCUCCACGAUCCUUGUUGGCAUUUAGCUAUGACGGCUGUAUAACUAGAGAGCCUGACGGAAAUAGGGUCAAGUCAAUAAAGGAAUUGUUUAUAGCAAAAAGCGUUGUGGACAUUCAGUACGGACAAACAAGACUACCCAGCCCAAACACCUCAGAUCUGUCUGACAACAGACCGGAGACUUCUGACAGUGGUGGUCAUCGAUCACAGACAUCAACUGAGACGUCCAGUGGUGAGGAUGAUUCAGUGAAGAAAUCCAUCACCAAAUGCGUUGUCAGGAGAACAAUCGAAAGGCUUUAUGGAAAGAAAGAUACCAAUGUCAAAGACCAUGCCAGUGAAAGUCAGCCCCCAUCUCCCCUGAAACCAAAGUCCAGAGAAUUUCCUGGUAAGAUCAGCCUUUCCCCAUUUCAUAAUGCACAGACCAAAGUGAUGUCUGACUUAUCAUACUUCAAUGCCACAAGCUCUGUAGGCACAUACAGUGAUCCAACACGGUGUAUCGCCUUCAAUGCACAGGUCGGGCCUGGAGACUGUUUCCUGAUAGACAAAGACAGGUGGCUCCUCAGAGAGAGCGUGAUCAGAAAGUCUGUCUCAGAGCCUAUUGAUAUCAACAAGAACACAUCUGCAUCAACUGAAGAUGUGUGCAAAGACACAAAAGAAGACGUCCCUUACUCCCUUUUCGGCCACACUGAUUUGGAGGACAUAGUGAAGUCUGUGAAGCCUUUGGUGCCAAAGUGCACCUAUUUCAACCUGCCUCAUGGCUGUGACUCAGACCCGCACCAGGAUGACCUAAGCCCGGUCAGCAAGGGCAGUGCUAAGGGUGAUGUCUCAAAGGACAGUAAAGACAAGACAGAGAAACCAAAACUGUGGGCUGAGAAGAAUGGAAUAGCUUUUGCCCCGACUGACUUCAAGAUGCCAGAUAAUAAAGUGCACCCUCUAAUAGAAGGCCCGGGAGGUGGAAAGGUUGUGGUGGUCCAGCCUGGCAAACGUCAGCCUGGCAAAGGUCAGACAGAUGUCAUGAAAAUCCCACAGGAGCCAGAUGCACUAGAGAUGCUCUACUUCUCCUGUGGCCAGCACUGCCCCAUCCUGUGACUGUGACACACUUAAAUAUGGAUUUUUUUUUACACAGGCAGCUUACAAUCUUACUGAGGGUAUUCAAGGUACCAGGAGAUGUCAUAUACAGUGUCUAUAGAAAGUCUACACCCCUUUAACUUUUUUCAAAUCUUGCUGCCUUAAAAUUUAAUCUUAAAAAGGAUUACAUUAUAUUUCCCCCCUACAGAUCAACACAAUCUUCUCAAAGGAGACACUGGACUGAUCUUAUGGCACAUAUUGUUAGUUGAUCACAUGCUCUAUAAAUGUAUUGUCUGUAAGUAACCCCCUGGUACUUAAUGUUGUAUUGUGUAUUAGCUGUACAGUUCACUUAUCUGUGUAAAUGCAUUUCUCUUGCAUCAUUACAUAAGAGAGUGAACUCAGAAAGCUCCAGAUUUGCAUUUACAAACAUAAUAACCAUGAACAUAACUUGCAAUAACAGAUCAAUUUUAUUACAGUAGUUGUAUAUAGAUGUUUAUGACCUUUCUACAUUUCUGGCAGCUGUGAUUUAUUGUUCUGUUGAGUGUUUCCUCACUUUAUUUUUGUGAUAUGUCAAUAAAGAGUAAAUGCACCUGUAAAUGGAUCAUCUACUGUAGAUUUAAAUUUUCUGUGAAUAUACUGAUUUUAUGGGUGUUCAUGUUUAAUGGCUCAUCAGCAGACCCUGCAUUUGAGGAAAUAAUUUCUUCUAUAGUGUUUGGAAGUAGUCGUUAAUUAUGCUGUAAUGGAGACUGACCUCCUGGUUUUGAUCUUUUCAGAUUUACUGCUGGCCUGUUAGAUCUUUUUCCAUAAAUGUCCAUUCGUUUCCAGCAUUUUUCCUGAUCAGUAUCAGAGCAGCUCUGAGGAUCAACGUAGCUCAGUGUUUUCUCACGCCUUCCUCCUGAGGAAGUAUCCAUGUUGUUCUAAGGUCCUUUUGUUUCUCUGAAGUAACCAUGGAGCAGGCCCGGUGUUGUGACAGGAGAGGCGAGGAAUGCACUAACGGGAGAGAGUGUUUACAUCAAUCCAUCUACAAAGACACAGAAUGAGAGCAUGGUGGCCAGGUUUAAGAUAGACUAACAUAUUGAAGUUAGACAAAAUCCCUUUCAGUUGAGACGGUGGCCAGGUCAGAUCCAUUGAGUUCGAUUAUUUUCUGUACUAGCAUCAGCCAGUCUCAGAGAGCUGAUAUGAAACUCACAGGGAAAUGUGUGACUGACUACUCUAAUACAUGGGAUUGACAGUAAUAGAACACCCACCCAUUCAUGCUGUGGCGGCAAUGACUGGCUCUAAUUAGAACAUUCAACAGCAAGACGGAUAGAAACCUGUCUGUCAAAUAGAGGCACCAUGAAUGAUAAGAUGCCAAACAACUCAACUUCAUGGUAACAUUGGUCUUUGUACUGGCCACCACUGGUCCAAAUAAAACAUGUUGGCAUGUACUAUGUCCACUAGGUGGUAGAAUAAGCCUUCAUCACCCAACCUAAGUCGUGAUAUGUAACCAUGAAGCUUAACUUGUGAAGGUUAUCACAUUAUGAAUGCUACAUUCAUGCUCAAAACACUGAGCUGUGAGACACAUCAACUUAAAUCAAUUCAACCAUAGCAGGGCAGGAUAGUUUUUUUUAUUUUUAAAUAACUAUUUACAUGACAGCUCUUUAUAAAACAAAUGUGUUGUCUUACACGACCCACAAUAUUUCUAAAACAAAAUGUUUCAAAAUGAAGGGCAAUGUGAU